GCUCUUCAUCAAAUCGGACCUACAAUGUCCAACAAGGUGCGUGAAAUCUCAAGCCAGGCCAAGUUCAACCAAAUCUUCGCCAACGUCUCCCGACUGCUUGGCGUAAUCGGCUUCGACGUGUUGGACCCCGACUUUGAACCAAACUGGAAAAUGAUCUACCCAUGCGCGAUCAUCUUCUGUGCCAUGCUGCAGAUCCUGUACCUGCUUUGGAUCAACCGGUCGGACAUGGUGCAGUUCCUGGUGAUCGUACCGUACGCGAUGUACGAGAUCAAACUGGUGGACAUCAUGGUGCAGUGUGUGGCAAAGUCGGGCAUGUUUCAAAGCUUGAAGGCAAGAUCUGACGAAAUUUUCGAGCUGUUGUGCGAGAAUCCGACCAACAAGCAAGUUAUGGAUAAAGACUUGAAAGUUGCCAUCUUUCUGCAAAAGUUUAUUUUCGGUUGGAAUGUGCAAACUUCGGUGCUGAUGAUUCCCGGUCCGGUGCUUGUUUGGUUGGUUUCGGGAAAAAUGAUCUUGUUUUUCCUGUACCGGCUGCCGAUCAUUGACGAUCAGUCCGCGGCAGGGUUCUUGCUGAACUUGAUCUAUCACGCAGCGAUCUUGCUGAUUCCUUUCUGCAACAGUGGUGGAAUCGACAGUCUGUUGGUAGCGCUGAUCGUACCGAUCAGUGCCUUCGUCAAUGCGAUCGCCAACGAAGUGUUCGAGAUCAAUGAGCUGCUGGAAAAGGAUAGAAGAGAUGAACUCGCGAUCAAGGACAAACUGAACAGAAUCGCGAGACUUCAUCAACUGCUGCUGGAGUACGUAUCGUUGCUGGAGGACACCUUCAACGGUAUGGCCCUGGUCAGAAUCGGGACGAUCGUGUUGGGGACGAUCGCUGCCAUUAUCACGUUCUUUGAAACCGGCGAUCCGAUGACGUUCGUGUUUAUCCCGGUCCUGUUUGUCCAACUCAGCCAGUGUUGCCUGCUGGGAACCAUCAUUCCGGUUAAGAACGAAGAGCUGAUCGAGCAUCUGUACGACAUCAAAUGGUACCUGCUACCGGAAGGGCACGCCAAACAUGUCUCGUUGAUGCUACACCAGGCGCAAAACGCGCCAACACUGACGAUCGGGAAGUACGCACCGCUCAACGUAGAAAGUUACGAGCAAAUUUUGAACAGCAUCUACUCGUUCGUCACGUUUCUGAUCACGUUCACUGGAUGAAGCGA